GAGGAAGGACCAGCGCCCCACAAAGCUCUUAAGAAAGGAAGAAAUCCUGUGAUCCAUUCCUUCUAGAAUAAUCAGAUUUGGUUUCACUCUGGUGUUUGAGACAGGGUACUGCUAUGUCGCUCAGGCCAGCCUUGAGCUUGCUACGUAGCCUGGAAUCCACAAGGACCCUCCUGCCUCAACCUCUUGAGUGCUGGGGAUACAGCUAUGUGCCACUAGGCCUCACUGGAACAAUCAGAUUUUAGAAUCUGAAGACACCUUGCACAAUAAAGAAACUGAGGUCACGUGGGAAUCAAGGACCUGGCAGAAGCUGCCUGUCCUGGCUGGAUCGGAGUCAGGGGUGAGUCUGCUGGAGGGAGAUCACCCUUUUGGGGAACUUGCUUUCUCUGCCACUCGCUGCCCAGCCUGUGGCACACAGAAACAGCUGGGACGCUGUGUCCCCAGCCUUGGCGGUGGCAGUAGGCACGUUCAGCAGCUGAGCACCUGAAGGCACGUGAUAGACGGAACCUUCCUGCCCCAGCCUCUUCAGAGCCCAGCUGCAGAAGCUGGCACCGGUCGGACACCGCACACCACGGCGGGGCACAGGCCCACGGGCAGCCGCCACCAGGAUGGAACCUGGAACUGGAAGAAAGUACCAGCGAAGCAGGAAAGAGAGGGUCGAAACACCUUCCAGCUCUGCGUUGGGUUGGUGCCUUGCGCAACCAGAAGACGGACGGACGUUGUCCUCAGCAGAGAAGGAGGGCGGGGCAGGGUGCUGCCGCCUGAACAGCAAAUGUUUGCCCACUGCGUGAAGUCGCAACGGCGCGGCCCUGGCGGCCUCGGCCAACUGUUUGUUCACCUUUCGCCGGCCACCUGUCACAUGUAUCAUCUCCAUGGAGUACAGGAAGUGGCAUGCAGGGCGCUGAUGGAUGAAGUGGAGUACGAUGUCACCAAGGCUCGGCAGAAGAAGGCCAAGGUGGGCUCCUACCGGAUCAGGCCUGACGGGACACAGGAGCGGAGAAAGGUCCCCCUGGUCCAGUCCGAGGCGUUCCUCAUCGACCUUCUGGAUAAGGUGUGUCAGCGGAUGAACGAUUACCAGCUCGACGAGGACCCUGUGACUAAAGAGAAGUACUUCCGGAGGUACGCUCCGCGGAAAGGAGACAAGAUAUACAAGGAGUACAAGAGGUUCUAUUACUACUCUGACGCCUACAAACCUCUCAAGUUCGCGUGCGAGAACAUAAUAGAGGAGUAUGAGGAUGAAAUACUCGCCCUUAUCGCGCAGGAGGCGCACCACUUCGCUGACAAGCUGUGCACUGGAAAAUCAGGUCUGUGUGGAGCCUCGGGUAAUCACACUGAAUUCUAG